CAGCGUAGUACGAGCUCAAGGCCGCGACGGCGGUAGUGGCGGUGGGACACGCGCGCGGGCCGGCGCGGCGCGGCGGUCGGGCGGCGGGGCUGGCAGUGGCGCGGCGGGCGGCGGAGCGCGUGGGGUGGCGCUGAGGUGGGCUGGGACAGACGGACGGUGUGACGGCACCGUGACACCGCCGUGACGACCCCGUGACGGAGGCCACCUGCGCCCGGUGACGCGGUGUGCUGCACGGAAGAAGCUACGGAGCCGUGUACGACUACGGUAAACCGCGCCGGCCUACGGACGACUCGAGAGUCCACCCAGCUGCCCAGUGCCGACCCCGCCGAACAGCCCGCCGACUUAAAAAGGCCACCCGGUCACUCCAGUGACCCAGUCACUCCAGCAACCAGUGACUCAAUCACUUCAGGGGCAGAAUACUCCAGUGACCCGACUGCUCCAGUACUCAGUGUCUAGGAGUUCCGGGAUUCCACGGCGGAGUAUCGCGGCGAGCUGACUCCAAAGAUGGAGGUCCGGCGCCGCUCAGACGAUUCGGGCUCUGAGAUUGAAGUGGAUAUCACAGACUCCGAGACAUGGGACCACAAGUAUACGAUGUACAAGUUGGUGAUCCGGCGGUACAGCCAGAGCUGGUUUGUGUACCGGAGAUACAGCGAGUUCUACAGGCUCAACGAACAGCUGAAGAAACUGGUUGCAAUGGAGUCUCACAAGCUGCCUGGGAAGCGGAUGUGGGGUAACCUGGAUCCCGAGUUCGUCCGCUCCCGUCAGCUGGGCCUGGAGGAGUUCGCCAGGGGUCUGGUCACCGAUGAACGCACCCGCACACUAACGAUUGUCCAGGAGUUUCUGCAGCUCCACCACCGCUCCUCUGACUCGGAUGAGAACCUCACUGACGACUCGGCGCCCUCCAGCGGUGACGAGGUGUUUCUCGGCAGCAGCGAACGUAGCCACGCCCGGCCGAGCGACUUCGAGUUUCUCCGUGUGAUCGGCAAGGGCAGCUUCGGCAAGGUGUUCUUGGCGCACCAUCGGGCGGAGGGGACCAGCUACGCCAUCAAGGUGCUACAGAAGAGGAUGAUCGUGCAGCGGAACGAGACCAAGCACAUCAUGUCCGAGCGGAACGUGCUGCUGAAGAACCUGUACCACCCGUUCCUGGUGGGACUCCACUACAGCUUCCAGACCAAGGAUAAACUGUACUUUGUGCUGGACUACGUCAGCGGCGGAGAGCUGUUCUAUUACCUGCAGAAGGAGCGAGUGUUCACUGAACAGCGGGCGCGGUUUUACGCCGCCGAGACCGGGUCGGCGCUGGGCUAUCUCCAUUCGCAGGGCAUCAUCUACCGCGACCUCAAACCAGAAAACAUGCUACUGGAUAAACAGGGUCACGUGGUGCUGACGGACUUUGGGCUGUGUAAGGAGGGCCUGAUCGGCAGUACUCAGACGUCCACAUUCUGCGGGACACCCGAGUACAUGGCGCCGGAGGUGCUCAUGAAAAUGCCGUAUGAUCGGGCGGUCGACUGGUGGUGUCUGGGCGCCGUUCUCUACGAGAUGCUGUACGGGCUGCCACCAUUCUAUAGUCGCAACACUCACCAGAUGUACCAGUCCAUUCUGCACGGCCGGCUGCGGCUGCGUCCCAGCGCGUCCCUGACCGCUCAGGAGCUGCUCACGGCGCUUCUACAUAAACAGGCUGCUGAGAGACUGGGCUCAGCACCGGCCGACUUUGGGGAGAUCCAGCAGCACCCCUUCUUCGACACCAUAGACUGGGAGGCGCUGCUGGAGCGGCGUCUGAAACCGCCCUACGUGCCCCACACGACCAGUGACGACGACGUACGUCACAUCGACCCCGCCUUCACCCGGGAGAAGGUUCCCUCCAGCGUGGGCCGCUCGACGAUCGGUCGUUCCGGCUCCACACUCAGCCAGAGAAGCAUCGACAGGUACUUCAUCGGCUUCUCGUACGACCCCGACUGUGAUCUGCACGACGGGGACUAGUGAGGACAUCUAUGGGAGAGGGUGGGUACUAAUGGUUGUCGGUGUGGCCGUUAGGCGCUGUGGUCGCUGGGAGGUGGUGCUGGUGGCCCAGGCCGUACCGCGGCGUCCCCUGUUAUGCUGCGUCCUUUGGAUCGUCAUUGUUGCGUCAUUGCCAGCGGGAAUCAUGCAUAUCUCAGUGAUUUGUGUUAAUUGUUUCGUGGAAAGUGUCGGACAUCGGAAGUGUUUGCCUUCCCGCUAGUUGAUCACGGUUAUGACUUGCGACUUCUCAGGGCCAUGCUAUAGAUUUCUGCCAUUAUUGGAUGACUGAUGGGACCAAUAAUUAUGAGCGAUCGUGCGAGCGUAGCUCGACUGAUGGUAAUGCUAACACGACUGGACUAUCCGUUGGUGGGUUAGACCAGUUGAAUUCGUGCGUCUUCUCGGUAGUGACGUCCAGUUAUCCGCUGAACAUGGCGAAGGUUUGACUCGUCGUCCCCAGACCUAAAGGCCGUAAGCGAGCACAGCGCCUUCUGGUGUCAUUUGCAUCGAAACUCUCGUACGGGUGGUGACAACGACGGCCAGUGAAGCGAGCUUAUUACUGUUGUGGCUCGAUUCGAGUUGUGGAACUUGUUCGAAUGUUGCUCGUUGAAUCAUGGCGCGACAUCACCCGUUCAAGAAUGUGUUGCAUAACAGUUGUAAAGAUAUUGCGUACAAAAGUGAGAUAAUAAAUGCUCGAACGUGCCA